CAGGAUUUGGGGAUCGAAACUGUAUUCCCCAAAAGCCAACAGGUCCGACCACGCUCGAUUCGCCUCCGCCGCCGCCGCCGCCGCCGCCGGUGACAGACUGCGAGACGGAUGAUGCCCCUAGGUUCUUGCUGAUGACGACGGCGGUGGCGGCCACCACCAAGGAGGCAGAUUCGCCUGUUGCUGGAACAGCCCCCUAUCUCCCUUGCUGGCUAUUGAUUCAGCUUCAUCUCCGUGGCGUGGGAAUCUGAAUUUGAGGUGAGAGAAAAAUGGAUCAAAGAAGAUCUGCUGUGAAUUUGAUUCCGACUCUGAGGAUUCUACUUUAGUGAAAUUGUUCUGCUAUAACUUGAAUGCACGAGGAAGAUGAGGGGGUAAUCCAUAUGAAUUCCCCCUCUUUACGAUCUAGCAUUCCAUAGAUAGCAUGUGGUUGGAGUGCUAAUCUGCUAAACCAACUCGCUCUCCCACAUACUCCACAUCAGAUUUCAGUUAAAUCCUGCUCAUCUGCCAUGUCAUUUGCCGGCGUGUCUCUCAUCAGCGACGGCAAGGCCAUCGGCCACGCCAUCGACGUCUCCACGGCCAGCGGGUACCAUCUGCUUGUGGUUAAUGGCUACUCGCACAUCAAAGCCACUACACCUAAUGGAAAGGGGAUCUUUUCUCUCCCUUUCAUGGUAGGAGGCCACCGUUGGCGCAUCAAAUACUAUCCUAAUGGUGACUGCUUGAUGCGUGCCAACUCUGUUUCUAUCUAUGUUUUUCUUGAUGAAAAUGUUACGGAGGCUCUGAAGGUAUGGUUUGAAGUCAGUUUUGUCGACGAGCUUGAGAUGCAAGAUCCAACAUAUAUUCGCAGAAGAGAGCCAAUAAACUUUUCAAGCAGUACUCUUGUUUGGGGUCAAAUGGAUUUCAUGGAAACAGACACCCUUGAAAACUGUUUCACCAUUCGUUGUGACCUUGCCAUUGCAACUACCACUGAUCUCUUGAUCAAGGUACCACCUUCUAGUCUACAACAACAUAUCAGCGACCUCCUCUCGUCCAAAGAGGGCACUGACGUGACAUUCAAGGUUGGCAGUGAAGUGUUUGUUGCUCACCGGUGCAUUCUUGUGGCUCAAUCUGCCAUCUUCAAGGCAGAGCUCUUUGGUCCCAUGAAGGAGGGCAAAAUGGCAAGUGUCAUACAGAUUGAAGAUAUGGAACCAAAAGUGUUUAGGUCCUUGCUUAGCUUUAUUUACACCGAUUCACUGCCCAAAAUGGAGAUAGACAUGGUGGAGGAGGAAGGAAAGGCCCAGGAAGCAUUGUGGCUGCAACACCUGCUAGCAGCUGCGGAUAGAUAUGAUCUCCGAAGGCUGAAAGCACUAUGUUAAGAGAAGCUGUGCGAACACAUAGAUUUGAGCUCGGUGACAACUAUUCUUACUCUAGCUGAGCAGCACAAUUGUCAUGGAUUGAAAGAAGUUUGCUUUGAGUUCAUCAAGACACCCGCUAAUUUGAAAGAGAUAACGGCGGCUGAUGGGUUGGAGGACAUAACUAGAACCUGUCCCAAUCUUCUAAAGGAGCUCAUUGCUAAGUUCGCUUCGUAAAAUCUAUAAAAACGGCGCGAACUCAGUUGGCAAAAAGUCAUAGCAAUGGGAGACCUGGACAGUCUAGCUUCAUGAUGAUGCCCUCCAGUUAUCAAAGAUAUCCGCACCAAACUUUCGCUGAAGGAUGUUUAGGGUUUGUUAACAUGUGCUCAAGAAGGUGUAUUUUGGUCUAGAGGGAGAUCAACUGCAGAUAUGUAUGAGGAAUUCCAAGAUGCACCACUACUAUCGACUCAUUUGAUUUUGGUUAGAACAGUUCGGCAACUCAA